AUGAUAUCUCCAAUUGUAAGAAGAGGGGUUUUGCAGAGUUCAAAACAUGCGAGAUCAUUCAGUUCAAGCCGAAUGCUUUCGGCGCAAGAGGUCAAAAGUCUUGGUGUUAUCGGCGCUGGCCAAAUGGGACUGGGAAUCGCAUUGGUAGCAGCACAAAGAGCUGGUGUUCCAGUCACUCUCGUCGAUACAAAUCAAGCCUCUCUUGAUAAGGGUCUCGCAUUUGCUGAUAAACUCCUGGCCAAAGAUGUAACCAAGCAGCGCAUAACUCAAGAACAAUCUGACAGCAUCCGCUCCUUACUCAUCCCAACCACAAAGAUGGAUGAUCUUUCCUCGGCAGACUUUGUAAUUGAAGCUGUGCCUGAAAUUCCCUCUUUGAAAUUCUCAAUAUUCAGCUCUCUGGCCCAAAUCUGCCCUCCCCAUGCGAUCUUGGCUACAAACACAUCUUCCAUAUCCAUUACACGGAUUGCCGCAUCGACGACUAAAGAUCCCAAAGACACCAGCGCUUCAUCUCGAGUGGUUUCAACACAUUUCAUGAAUCCAGUUCCUAUUCAGAAGGGUGUAGAGAUUAUCACUGGAUUACAGACAAGCCAAGAUACGUUGGAUACAGCCAUUGAAUUCUGCAAAAGAAUGGGCAAAAUCCCAUCCACUUCAGCAGAUUCCCCAGGAUUUUUGGCAAACCGGAUUUUGAUGCCUUAUAUCAAUGAAGCCAUCAUUUGCUUGGAGACUGGUGUUGGUAAAAGAGAUGACAUCGAUGCGAUAAUGAAGAAUGGAACCAAUGUUCCCAUGGGACCAUUGCAAUUGGCGGACUUCAUUGGUAUUGAUACCUGCUUGGCGAUUAUGAAAGUAUUAUAUGAGGAGACAGGAGAUAGCAAGUAUAGACCUAGUGUACUACUGGGCAAAAUGGUAGAUGCGGGGUGGCUAGGAAAGAAAAGUGGAAAGGGGUUUUAUGAUUAUUAAGUGAGAAAUAAUAUUAACGACUAUGUAUAAAUCAACGUACCAUGAACUUGGAGCUUUAUGAUCAAGUGAAUAAGAUUCUGGGCAUCUUCAUUAUUAUCGUCACCACUUCUACAGAUGGCAGUGAAGUUAAUUGAUGGGGUUUCGUGCCUCUUCACUAAAUCUACAUGAGGACUUUGCCUUCCUUAGCACGUAAUGCUCAUACUUGGUGGAACCUUUUGUAAUAUUCGAAUAAUUGUGAGAUUUUCAAUCCAAAUGGACGCAAAACAUAUCAUGACGUUCUAUCCGGUUUCUCAUAUCCGUUCUAUCUGAAUGUAGGUAAGACUCAUAUACUCCUGAGUCGGAUUUUCGCUUAUAUUCACCCCGGACGCCAAUGCCAUAUUUACUCAAACAAAAAAGUUCUCUAGCCAACUUUAGCCACCAGACAAUCUGCCGUAGUCCGUUUGUCACAUUUCUGCUCGGGGUCCAAGGCGUAUAAACCUUCCUGUAAUUCAUGCUUAUUAUAGGUCUGUUGAGGCCUGAAGUUGUACGAAGAUGCACAGUUGACCUUCUGUUGAGAUUCAUUUUCGGUCUGGGCAUUCACUCAAUCUUGUAGUAUCUCAGCCAAUCCCCGUCCGGUAUGUUCUAUGUUGAUUCUCUUGUUGCAUAUCUGCUUCAGGGCUUGAAGCCUAUAGCUCAAAACCUGUAGGGUCUAAGAAUUAGCUUGAAAAUCCCAUGCGUAGAGUCGGGAAAU